AUGGCGCUCCUCGAUCCAAUCCUCGACCACAAGUGGGUCGUCCUCGCCGCCGCCCUGCUGGUAUAUGUGUCCAGCAUCGCCGUGCACAGGCGCUUCUUCCAUCCACUAGCCAGAGUGCCGGGUCCCUUCCUCCCAGCCGUGACGAAGCUCUACCAGUCCUACUACAACGGCCGUUACUACCUCCAGAUCGAGAAAUUGCACCAGAAGUAUGGCCCCAUUGUGCGCAUCACGCCGGACGAAGUGCAUCUCAGUGAUGCGGAGAAUUAUGACAAGAUCUACUACAUGGGGACAAAGUACUGGAAGAGUCCAAUUUACUACAAUGCGCUCUGUGUACCGCACUCCACCUUCGGAACGCCGCCCAAUGAGGUGCACAAGAUACGGAGAGGUGCAUUGAAUCCAAUGUUCUCGCGGCAGAAGGUGCUGGAGCUGGAGGGCAUUGUGCAAGAGAAAGCUGAGAAGGUCUGCGCAAGAAUGCAGCAGGGUGUAGACAAUGGACAGCCGGUUGACUUGCAUCAUGCUUUCAGAGCGGUCUCUGUGGAUGUCAUCUCAGACUUUGCAUUUGACAAAUGCUAUGACUUCUUGGAACGCGAUGACAUCGGCGCCACCUUCUUCGAAAUGGCAAGAGGUAUUGGCCCAGCACUCUGGGCUUUCCAGCAGUUUCCGAGUUUCCAGGCCAUGGCUCUCAAGACUCCGCCGUGGAUGGCACCAUAUAUGUCUAAGCCGCUGGGCUACGUGACAGGCAUGCAGAUGGAGUGUGUGCGACAAAUUGAAGGCGUCCAGGAGAAGUUGCGCGACAACAAGGAUCUAGGCCGACAGACUAUCUUCACGACCUUACUGACUGGUGAAGACAAGCCCGAAGGAUACAAGAUUCCGACAACUUGGCAGCUGAAGGAUGAGGCGUACAGUGUCCUGGUGGCGGCCGCGGACACGACAGGCAAUGCGAUGACCGUGGCUGCGUUCAACGUGCUUCACAACCAGUCCAUCUACCAGAAGCUGGUGGCAGAGCUGGAGGAGAAGUUUCCCGAUCGGAGCCAACGCUUGUCGUUUGUAGAAUUGGAGCGGCUACCGUAUUUGACUGCAGUGAUCAAGGAAGGCCUGCGCCUGUCGUUCGGCGUCGUCGGCCGCCUACCUCGUGUGGUGCCUCAAGGCGGUGCAGAGUUCAACGGCCACUACAUCCCUGGCGGCUACGUCGUUGGCAUGUCGAGCUGGAUGAUGCAUCGCGACCCACACGUCUUCCACGACCCCGAGCGCUUCGAUCCCGAGCGCUGGCUCAAAUCACAGGAAGAGUUCCGUCGUCUCGACCACAACAUGAUCCCCUUCGGACGCGGCACUAGACAAUGCGUCGGCAUGCCCUUGGCCUACACUGAGUUGUACGUGACUCUGGGCACGCUUUUCCGUCGCUUUCCGCGCGGGUUGAGAGUUUUCAAUACCACGCCGGAAACGAUGAGGGAUUAUGAGGACUUCUUCAGCAGCUAUCAUCCGUACAGCAGACGCGAAGAAUGGUUCAGAGCGUACAUGGAGACGAGUGAAGCCAUUCGAAGCUCCCUCUUGGAGUUCUGGAAGGUCUUCAUCCAGGCCACGUUCUCGUAUGGAGGAAGUGAGAUGUGCGUUGUCGCGGCUGAUGAGACGGAGAAUCCGAGGAGGAACAUCCCGAAAGCUGUGAGAAGAGUCUUCUGGCGGAUAAUCUUCUAUGUCUUGGCCAUUCCCCCGGUUGGCAUGUGUAUGUCAUCCGAGGAGCCGCGGUUGUUAAACGCCAUCGACAAGGGUGAGCCUGGUGUGGCAGCGAGUCCAUCACGAAUGGGGGAAUUCCUGCUCUGCCGUACGCCCACCUCCUGCUUCUCCUACCAAACGUACGAAUUAAGGAUCAUAACAGCUCCAUCAUCAACUCAGUCUUAA